UUUGAAAAAUUAUUUUAUGCUGGUCCAGUUACAAGUCUAUGUUUUCAUAAUGACGAUAUAUUAUUUUCUGGCGAAGGACCUUAUUUAAAAGCUUUUAAUGUCACUACUGGAAAAUUGAUAAAUAGUAGCAUAGUUUUAGAGUAUUUUCGUAUACAUCGAAUUGUACCAGAUAUAAAUAAUUAUACAAUAAAUUGUACAUUUAAUCUUAUAUCAAAAUUACCACCUUUAAAAGAUUGGAUACAUGAUAUUCAUUGGUUAUAUGAUGACAUAAAUUCAAUAAUAAAAUCGAUAUCUCAAAUACCCGAAUUAGAAUUAUCAUCAUCUAAAUUAUCUAAAUUGGAAUUACCAUCUGAAUUAGCUAUAGCAUUUGCCCAUAACUUUGUGGAAAUUUGGAAUAUAACAGAUAAUUGUUGUCUAUAUUCAGUUCAAUGUGAAGAACGUUGUAUAUUAUAUUCGGCAAGAUUUUUUGGAGAUAAUAGAAAUGAUCUUGUUUUGGCAUCAGGAACAGUUUUUAAUCAAGUUCUUUUGUGGAAAAUUAUCUCAAAGAAUGAACAACAUGAACAGCAAGGUGUAGUAAGAUUUAGUGAUGAUGGAAAACUAGUUGCAUCAGUAUCCGAUGAUAGAACUAUUCGUCUUUGGCAAACGGAUGCUUCCAAUGACAUGUAUAGUGAUAAACCUUUGGUGCUAUAUGGUCACAUGGCACGAAUUUGGGAUUGUUAUAUAACUGAUAAUUAUCUUAUUAGCAUUUCUGAGGAUUCAACAUGCCGUGUUUGGAAAAAUUCAUUCACCAAUAACAGCAACAAAAAUAACAAUGAUGAUGAAGGUGACAUAAGCGAUGUAAGCGAUGUAGAUUGUCUUGCUUGUUGGGAAGGUCACGUUGGAAAGAAUGUUUGGAGCUUAGCAAUAAAUCCUUCUCGAAAGAUAGUGGCAACAGGUGGUGGAGAUUCUGGUUUACGAUUAUGGUCAUUGUCAACUAUUACUGAUAAUAAAAUAGAUUCAGAAAAGGAUUUAAUCAAAGUAUGUUUACCACCUCCUGAAUCUUAUUUAUCAUAUAUUCAACAGAAUAUGAAUUUACCUUCACGUGAACAUAUUCGAAAUUUUUUAUUAAUAGAUUAUCGUGUCAUAGUAAUUUCCACAAAUUUUGGACAUAUAUUGAAGCAUAAUAAUUUGACAAAUGAAUGGAAGUCGUUAUAUAAUUCUAAAAAUUUACAUAAUUAUACAAUGAUGAAAUCUUCAAAUUGUGGAAGAAUUGUUUGUUGUGGUAGUAUUUAUGUUUCACAUGCAGUACAGAAUGAUAUUUUGUUGCUUAAAUUUGAUUUUAAUGAUAAUGAACCCAUUCUAGAAACAUUAUAUAAGCUAAACGUUCCAUCUCAAUUCUUAUUAAUGUCACUUGCAUUUUGUCCAUCUUAUAAUAUACUAGUAUGUGGUUCACGUGACAGUGGGUUAGUCAUCUACAAUUUGAAUCAAGCUCCUCCCUUUUCUUCUUCUCAUCCAAUAAAUGAAUUAUCACCAAUCAUUUAUUUGAACAAGAUUCAUGGGAAGCAAUCAGUAACUUCAAUUGCUUUAAAAGUUGAAAAUUUAGUAAUAAAUUCUUAUGUUGUUCACGACCCCGCUGAUAAUUUUACUGUUGAUAAUGAUAAGAAAGUUUUGAUAAUAUAUACUACUGGAAGAGAUGGUUGUUAUGCUAAAUUCAGAUUAAAAGGGAUAACAAAUAAAUAUAAAAAUGAUAAAUAUGAUGUUAAUACAACAGAAAAUUACCAGAAUUCAAAAGAGGAUUAUAAUAAAUUCUUAGUGAGAAGUUAUAUAGAUGAAGAUAGUGAUGAUAAGAGAAGUUAUAUAGAUGAGAAUAAAACAACAGUUAUAGUAUCAAAUCAUGGGUUAAUUUUGGAAGAAGUUUAUAGAGCAAAAAUUACUAAAGGAUGGUUAGAAAAGGUGUUAUUCGUGGAUGAUGAAUUGAUGUUGUUGGGAUUUUAUAGGAAAAGAUUUUUUGUGUAUAAUGAAUUUAAGAAGUUUCAGAUAUUUUCAGUUGCUUGUGGUGGAGCACAUCGAGUAUGGCAUUUUAAAGCCCAAGAUAAAAAAAUGAAUAAAUCUAGUUUCAUGUUUAUUCGUAAAGAAAAUGUAUUCAUUUAUUCUAGAGAAACUCAUGAUAAUCAAGGAUUUGAUGAAUGUGAAUUACAAGGAAAUUUUCAUGGAAGAGAAUGUAGAACUGUAAAAUUUUUAAAAAAUGAUCAAAAUAAAGCAAUAAUAUUUGCAACUGGAGCAGAAGAUAGUAUAUUGAGAUUAUUUCAAUAUAAUGUAGAAGGUUAUCUUGUAAAUUUAUGUAGCAUCAAAAAACAUACAUCGGUAAUUCGUAGUAUCGAAUGGAGUUAUGGUAAAGGCUUGUUAUUAUUCUCAAGUGGUGCUAGUGAAGAAUUAGUAUGCUGGAAAGUUGAAGUUAAAUUUAAAAAUGAUACUAUAAUAAUUGAGAAUUCUGUCGCCAAUGUUAAUUGUUUAGAAUGGGCUUCAUGUCCUGCUAUUAGCGAAAUCCCAGAGACUAGAAUAAUGGACAUAAGUGUAUUUUCCAUUAUUCCUGGCCAAGGAAUUCAUAUAAUUGCCGCAGGAUAUUCUGAUUCUGCUUUAAGAGUAUGGCUUUUUGAUGAAGAGAAUAGAGAAUUUUUAUUAAUUGGAUAUGCAAAGAUUGCUAUGUUUGAUAUUUCUCAAGUUGUAUUUAAAAUUUUAAAUACAUACAAGAAUGAAAAUACUUCUUUUACACAUCAAAAUUUAGGUGAUCCCAUUUAUUCAUAUCAAGCACAUCAAUCUGGAGUAAAUUGUAUUAACAUUCAUAAAAUACCCAAGAAUUCUAAAAAUAUUGCUACAAAUACUUUUGAAAAAUUUAUAACUACUUUCAUGAUUGCGACUGAUCAACAUCUAAAUUUAUGGAAGAUACCUUCUUUAGACUCAAUUAAAUAUAUAGAGUCAAAAGAAUCUAAAGAUUUUAGAGAUAAUGAUUUUUGUGAUAUUGAUAGUAAUAGUGAUAAUAAUCAAGAAUUUCAAUUAAUUAAGUCUGAAUUCAUUAAUGUUCAUGAUACAUCUUCAAUGGAUAUUUUGAAUAUUGGAGAAUCUGGAGAAAUGAUUAUUGCUAUUACGGGAAUUGGAAUUGAACUUUUAAAAUUUUAA